AUGUCUUCUUCUGACAGACUGAGCUUCACGGUCAGAAGAAUAUUGGACCUACCAGAUUAUGAAGGCAACAAUAUACAGACAGACUCAAGAAUUAAUUACAACAGGACUACUGCCUAUCAAGAAUGGUUGGAAAGUGAGAAGAAUCCAUAUCUGUCAUCAGAUGAGAGUGGGUCAGAGGCAACAUUACCGGAUACAAUUCAAAGGGUGGAGGAGUCUUCUCAUUCUCCAGAAGAGGACAAGAAGAAAAAACGUAGAGUCCUUUUCUCAAAGGCUCAGACCUUGGAACUGGAGAGAAGAUUUCGUCAACAGCGUUACCUGUCUGCCCCAGAAAGAGACCAGCUAGCCCAUAUCCUUCACCUGACCCCAACACAGGUCAAGAUCUGGUUCCAGAACCAUCGCUACAAGAUGAAGAGGGCAAAACCUGAGGGAAGCAGUUCUGUACCUUUCCUGAAACAAGUCAUGGUACCAGUACUGGUCAGAGAUGGGAAGCCAUGCCAAGUUUGUUCUCCUACCAGCCACAGACAAAGGCUACAGGUGUUUCCCUCACUGCAAUCCACAGCAGCAUUUAACUUUAUCCCCGGUUAUCACCACCAACAGCAUUUGUCUCAGCCAUCAAGCCUCUCCUGGAGAUGGUGA